GAAGCGGGCGGGACUAAGGCAAGCGGAGACAUGUCGGACCCGGCAGAAGGGAAGAAUUCGGUCGCCGAGCAGGCGCACGGGGCUGUUUAUGAGGAUGGCGACGGAUUCUCAGACUUUAGCGACUCGGAGCUGGUGACGCUGCAGGAGGAAGCAAUGAUUGACAGCUGCGGUGCCACUUCCAUCCCAGAGAAGAUUGUACUGCAAAAUGAAGGAAAUGACAUCCAGGUGAACAUUAAGAAUGAUCUUGACACCACUGUAGACAUACACCGUGGAGACAGGGGAGAAUGCAGUGGCAGUUAUCAGAAUUCCCCUGGAUCUCCACAAACAAAAAGGAAACGCCUGCCGCAGACUCCGAUGGAGAAAUAUCGUAUGAAGUACUUGUGGGUGACUAACUUGUGCUCCCAGACAUGGUGCGAACAGCAGAUGGUGUACGAACUUGAGUUCCCAGAAUUCCUGGUGACAGAGAAAAGUGCUGUAAUGAAUGCAGGAUCUAGUAUACAUCUAGCCAGAGAGCUGGAGGUUCAUGAUGUUGUAUCGGUGAAGACACAGACAAGGGAAGAUACCUGGGCAAUAAAAUUACUGAAUAUAUUAUCAAUGAUCCCAAUUUUGCAGUCUGGAAGUCACAUUCGUGAAUUUCCUGUUUUUGGAGUCCUGAACGGUGUAUUUAUGGCGGGUGUGAUAGAUGAGCUAGGAUAUUCAUCCAAAGGGGAGCUGGAACUUAGAGAACUGAAAACUCGGGGAAGUCGAUCAUUACCAAGAGGUGCCCAGAAAAGAAGUCACCAGUUCCAGGUAUCAUUGUACAAGCUUCUAUUUGAUGGAAUGGUGAGUGGAGGUCUACAGCCAGAGCUUUUUUUUCAACAUUUGUAUUUAAAGCCAGAGCAGUCUUUGGGACCACAAGUGAUCGAACAUGCCAGUAAAGUUGGUUUUAUUGCAUCAAAUUUCAAAGAACUCUUGGAGCUUGCAUGUCUGAACCUGACUUUCUCAGACUUACCUAUGAUUGACAGCUUAAAAAUGGAAUAUUGUUAUCAGGAGGACAGUUCACUAUUGGGAUGUGAAUUUGUUAUUUUUGAGAGGGAAAUGGUGCUGGAACAGUUGACAUUUUACUUGGCCUUCUGGAAAGGACUGAGGGAGACUCAGGGAGUUGAUAUAGAAGAGGCCUGGAAGUGCCAAAGAUGUAGCUUUUCUAAUAUAUGUGAGUGGAGAACAAGAAAAUCGGCUUGUAUUCAAACCAAGAGAACUAAAUGAAGAAACCUCAUAACCAAAUUAUCAAAAGCACAAGACCUUGUGGAAUUCCAUUCCCCUACUUGGAAGCUGUCAAUCAGUCAAAC